CAUUUUAAAUGUCGCAAAAAUCCAACACCUUUAAAAUAAAUAUUCUCUACCACAAUUACAGUUACCAUGCCCCAUAACCCCCAAACAUGGAUUUCUGUGUAGGAGCUGUGGCUGCAAUGGCAUCAACCCUAGUCACCAACCCCCUCGACGUCAUAAAAACACGAGCCCAACUCCAGGGGGAACUAACCGCCCGGGGUUACUACGUACCCUUCUACAACGACUCUUUACAGUCAAUGCGCAUGAUCAUCCAAAAAGAAGGCUUUCUGGCCCUUCAAAAGGGCCUUCUUACGUCUAUACUCCACCAAGGCGUGCGAAACGGCGUCAAGUUGGGCUUGUACGAAUGGCUGUCUUUCAAGGGCUUCCUCUGCGACGACGUCAACACGAUUAAUUUUUACAACAGUUUGAUGGCUAGUGCCUUUGGUGGCGGCAUGGGGGCGUUACUGACGACGCCUCUGUAUAGGCUGAGUACGCAGUUUCAAGCGAGGGCUGCGCCGGAGAUUGCUGUGGGGUACCAGCACCGACAUAGCGGUCUCGUGCAGGCUUUAAUGUCGACUUAUAGGACUUCCGGUGUUCAAGUUUUAUGGAAAGGGACGAACGCGAAUCUUGUCAGGUCGGUGGUGGGGGCGGCGGCACAACUUACUACUUUUAGUCACGUGAAGGAGGUCCUUCGGGAUUACGAAGUAUUUCGGUAUUCCAGAGUUUUGACGGCUUUUGUUGCUGGGACUUUUGGAGGGAUGUGUCAAACUAUAUUCCAAACUCCGUUUGACCUUGUUUGUAUAAGACUGAAUAAUCAGUAUGUUUACAAAAAUGGGAAAGGAGCACUAUAUCAGGGAAUGCUUCACUGUUUUUACAAAAUUAUCAGAUAUGAAGGGCUUUUUGCACUGUACAAAGGGCUUCCGAUUUUUUAUGUUAAGAAUAGCAGACAUACAACUCUGUAUUUAAUAGUCUGGGAGUUGCUGAAAGCCUAUCAACAUGACGUUCUCCUAAUAGAGGAUAGCCCUCACAGUUGUUACCACGACCCCGAUGACAUUUAGUGUUUUUUUUUUUAAAUCUGUGAACACAU